GUGGAAGAGGAGCUUAACUGCUUGCUCUGUUCAUCCUCUUCGUCCGUAGCCGUUGUGGCUUAAGGUAACGGUGCCUCGCUUACGCACAAGAAACAGGUGGCUCUGCUCAGGCCCCCCCGCACAGUGGCCCGCCGCUGCGCGUCUCCAUACCAGGCAGGUGCCGACCAGUCUGCCAUGCCUUUCGAGGAGGAGGAAGAGGAGCCCGAGGCGUACCAGGGGGCGGGUCUCCGAUUCGGUGAGCUGAGCAAGCUGACCCCAGUGCUCAUAGUCAUAUCAACCAUCGUGUCUCUCUACAUGGAGUACGUCGUGCUGCACUGCCUGCGCCUUCUGCAGCUGGACCUGCCCCCAGACCUGAGAGACACUGACGACGAGAAGCGCGGCUACUGCGAGCUCGCGGUCUUCCACAUGUUCACUGGCCUGCUGCUGUACUGCUUGGCGAAGUGCUUCCUGACAUUCCCGGGGACGAUUCCCGACGGUGGCGCCUGGGACAUGCGUGCUGGCACUGCAAGCACCCAGAGGGCGCCGGGGGCCCCCACCAGCCUGCCGCUGCUCGAGAAGAAGUCCGGGGGAGAACGGCGGCACUGCAAGUGGUGCCAGAAAUUCAAGCCCGACCGCACGCAUCACUGCCGCGUCUGCAACAUCUGCGUGCUGAGAAUGGACCACCACUGCCCGUGGGUCUACAACUGCAUCGGGUUUCGCAAUCACAAGUACUUCUUCCUGUUGGUGUUCUACGCGGAGAUCGAUUUGCUGUACAUCAGCGCCACGAUGCUGGAAUCUGUCUGGUGGGCUACCAGGACGGACGUGACCCUGGAGAUGCUGUUCCUGCUGACGCUCGGCGAGGCUUACGCCCUCCUCGUCUCGGUGGCCAUCGGGACCUUCCUGAUCUUCCAUGUCUGGCUGAUGGCCAAGGCCAUGACAACGCUCGAGCUCUGCGAGAAGCAGGCGAAGAAGGUGAGCGGGGGCUUCUUCGGCGCCCUCACGGGCAGCUCUUCUGCCUACAGCCAGGACUCCUACAGCAACGUCUGCGAGGUCCUCGGCGACAACCCGCUCCUUUGGCUUCUGCCCUGCGCUCUGCCCUCCGGCGACGGCAUGACUUUCGCGCGGAGGGAGCCUGCGGCACUGGUGACCCGGGGAUAGGUGGGGGGCCUGAUGCCUGGCAGCGGGGUUCCUGGUGGAUGCCUUGGCCCGUGUGAGUGUGUGGUUCUCAAGUAUGUAGUUUACCGUCGUCGUCCUCCUCUUUCUCCUCCUCCUCGUCCUGGCAGCCGAGCUCUGCGAUGAUGGGGGCGCCCCCAGAAUUAUCACUAGACCGCGUGACGUUGGCCUCAUUGGAGCACAU